AUGCUACGAUUCUUCGCAUUCUCUGUUCUUCUCGAGCUCACCCAAUGCCUACCAAUUAGCGCAAUUGAGCACGGUCUUGGUGUUCUGGAUAUUAGCGAUUCGCUGAGUACUAACAAAAUUACCGAGACUCGUCUUGAUUGCGCGUCGCAGCGUCGAAAAGCGUUGAUAAAAAAGAAUGCAGGCGAUUCGAAAAUCUAUGUCCCAGUGUGCUCCAAAUCAAAUUCUCUACAGUAUGAGCGGGUGCAGUGCUUUGAGACACCCGCUUAUUGCUGGUGUGUUAAUGAGCAGACUGGUGAGCCACGGAUUGGCACAUCGACAUUACAUGGAAAACCAAAUUGUCAAGAAGUCACGACUUCAGCGCCAAAGAAAAAGCGCAAAAAUCGAUGCAAAGGGAAUCGGAGGACCCGAUUUUUAAGAAGACUUGUUGCCAGCUUGAAGUCUGAAAUGAUCAUGAGCGGUGUGAAUGCCACGAAAGUGAGUCGAGAUACGGCCCUUCGAUGGAAAUUUACGCAGCUCGAUGCGAAUAAAAAUUCGGUACUCGAGAGGUCUGAAUGGAAGCCCUAUAAAUCAAUAUUAUUACAAUGGAAAAAUGCACGACAUUGCUCCAGAAGCUUGUUUAAAACAUGUGACACUGAUAAAAACCGCCGGUUGACAUUCGAUGAAUGGCGGAAAUGUAUAGUUCAAGAAGUAAAUUUAGUAGCUGCCAAGCGACAAGAGCAACUCAACCCAUUCCUUUAUGUUCUUCGUCCGGAAUAG